AAGAAGAAAAUUAUUUCCCUCAGUAGAAUAUUAAAAAAUAAAGAGAAACAAGUUAAAGAGCGGGAAAUGAGAACAAAGAACAAUGAAGAGGAUGGGGGAAGGGCUUUCAAAUGUAAGUUCGCAUUCAUUGGCUCUCCUUCUGACCCGUCAAACUCUGAGCUGACCAAUAGAAACAUUUGAGAGGUUGGGCCAACAAUUCAACAUCCAAUCAGAGUACGGGCCCUGUUUGUUAAACAUUUACAUAGAGCUGGGGAUAAGUAACCCUGCACGCUACCUGAAGAUUAUUCAGUUUCAUUUGAGAUUUGAAGCAUCAUCAUGCCUGAGCCAGCAAAGCCCGCGCCCAAGAAGGGCUCAAAGAAAGCCGUCACCAAGAGCGCCGCCAAGAGUGGAAAGAAGCGCAGGAGGUCCAGGAAGGAGAGCUACGCCAUCUACGUGUACAAAGUCCUGAAGCAGGUUCAUCCCGACACCGGCAUUUCUUCAAAGGCGAUGGGCAUCAUGAACUCUUUCGUCAACGACAUCUUUGAGCGCAUCGCCGGUGAGUCUUCUCGUCUCGCUCACUACAACAAGCGCUCCACCAUCACCUCGAGAGAGAUCCAGACCGCCGUGCGUCUCCUGCUGCCCGGUGAACUCGCCAAACACGCCGUGUCUGAGGGAACAAAGGCCGUCACCAAAUACACGAGCUCCAAGUAAAGCCGAAAGUACCCAAUCUGAACCCAAAGGCUCUUUUAAGAGCCACCCACAGUUUCUAGAAAAGAGGUUCUUUUUUGCGUGACUUGUAAAUUGUAUUACUGUUGCUUGUCUCCGAAUGUGGCAAAAGUUAAUUUAAGGUCUUCAUAUAAAAACAAUAUACUGUUUGCACUUUCUAGUAGUAUCCCCAAGUUUUCAUUCAGUCCUGUUACCCAACACUUUUCCCUGCCUGCAAACCUAAAACUAUUUCACAAGUCCCAUUUUCAAGAGGAAGUUUCAUCACCUGGAUCUUCUGAAGGACAUGUGAAAAUCUAAAGUUUAUUUUCUGUAUACUUUAUUUUGAUGCUAUCACUGUGAAUGUCAACCUUAAUGUUAUGUCCUGUUAUUUGAUAUCGGUUUAUUUUUAAAUAAAUAAAUUCUUA